AAUCCCUCAUUUUUCACACACAAGCCACAUACAAAUCGUCGCCGCAAUGUAUCCGACAAGAAGUCUACUGGCACGGUCAGUGUGGAAGGGUCCAAAUCUCGUCCCUCUCCCUCUCCCCCGCCAAAUCCCUCCUCCACCCGGCACACCACCCAUCAAAACUCAAGCCCGCAGCGCUACGAUAUUACCCAAUUUCGUCGGAUUACGCUUUUCAGUACAUAAUGGGAAGAUUUAUCAAGAUGUCCUGAUUACGGAGGAUAUGGUUGGACGGAAAUUGGGGGAGUUUGUGCCGACCCGGAAACGAUUUACGUAUAAGCAGUCGAAGAACAAAUAGAUAGAUUUGCUUGAUUUCUGCCUUUUUCUUUCAAUGGUUCGACUUUUUAUAUCCGUGUAUUUGGCUUCGGGCUUUAAUAUUUGUUUUGCCCUUCUAUCAUGUCACAUCACCGGGGACAACAAUUUGCUUGGCUGAUGGAUAUCUGUUGAAUUAUUAGCGCUAUUUUGUUGGAGGCAUGCUAGCCGAGGGUGCCAGGUUGUACAAUAUACUAUUCGGAUUUGGAGACUACUACUGUUCAUGAACAUUAUCUAUUCCGCAUGGCUAGAUCUGUAUGUUAUCUCAAUGUUAUGUAAGGACAAGCUCCAUGAGGGCUUAUCCGGAGACUUAACAAAUGUGCCACCCAAUCGUGAUGUUAUGCCAAACGAACCAGAGCGCCAUGAACCUGAGACCCGAACGCCAAACCCUUUCUGCCUAUUCAUAAGCACCAUAUUUAACACAACCAAUUGAUGACAUCUUUUUGAUCUCAGAGGUUCCAACCCCCUGCACAAACGCCUAUCCCAUCGAUCGAACACCAAGUCCUCCUUCAAGACUGAGCAGUGUCAAGAACUACCGAUAAAACU